AUGCUCAGCGACGUCUCGAACCGCGCGCCCGCCCCGUCCUCCCGCGAGCCGUCCUCGUCGCUCGCAAACAGCAAGCGCCCUCUCGACCUCAGCUCAGAGGGAGAUGCCGCACCGCCUCUCAAGCUCUCGUACAAGCGUACUCUCGCUCCGACCUCAUCGUCCUCCUCGCCUCGCGGCGGCCUGAGGUCAUCGUCGCCGUUCUUCCAGCGCAACCGGCUCGAAGCGUUCGACCUGCCGACCUCGCCAAGUUCGGCCUUCGACACCGACAAGCAGCUCGUCCCGACCUCGCCCAUCCAGCGCUUCUCGUCCCUCGCCUCCCUCCCGCCCUCGUCCCCCUCGUUCGGCCUGAGUGCCCUCCCGACACCGAGCACCGCCGCUCUCGACGACCUCGUCGCCGCCGCAUCGGGCGCAGUCGCCUCGCCUUCUUCGGCGACCCCCACCUCGCGCGACUCGGGCCUCGAUACCCCUCGUCUGUGGCACCUCGAGCGCGGCACCGUCCUGUACUUCGGUCGCAAGGCGCGCAAGGCCCUUCCUCGCGAUCGCGCAACCACCGUCACCCACGUCCCUGUCGUCCUCCCCAAGUCGGCCAAGAACGCGUCGCGCAUCCACUGCUCGGUCCGCAUCGUGUCGCGCGUGGAGCAGGAGCUCGACGGCGCGCUCGAGGUCGAGGUGCGCGUCACGGGCCAGAACGGCAUGAAGGUGGACGGCAAGGUCAAGAAGAUCGGCAGCGUCGUCGUCCUCGAGAAGCAGGCUGGGCAGGCGGUCCGGCUCAAGUUCUGGGGCUGGGACGCCAAGGUCCUCGUCGCCGAGUCGGAGCUCGGUCUCGACGAUCGCGAUGACGACGAGGGCCUCCCGGCGGCCCGUCGUGCGGGCCUGUCGUACCUCGAUGACGACGACGACGACGACGACGCCCUGCGCCGCGCACGCUCCCCCUCUCGGGCGUCCUCGCCCGCCUACAACUACUCGAACGACCACGGCCUAUCCCCCGAACCCGAGAGCGCGCCCGCUGGCCCCCUCGUCCCUCCUCGUCCUCCCUCGUCUACCUCUUCCACCUUCGCCGCCGAGCGCGCUUCCGCCCUUGUCACCUCGCUCAACCUCGACCUGGCGGGCCUCGUCGCGUCGGCCAUCGUCUUCCACGCGCGCUCGACUGUCGCAGUCGACGAGGUCAUCCGGGCGCUCCUCAAGGAGUCGGGCGGCAUGUGGCGCGUCUUGAGCGACGACGACGACGUCGUCGAGCGGCGCAAGGAGACGCCCGAGGGCGAGGGCAACGCCGUCGCUGCGUGGCGUACGAUCGUCGAGAACGUGCUCGUGCACGAGAGCAUGUUCGGCAUGAUCGACAACGCGGGCCUCAAGGACGCCUCGGGCCACCCGAUCCCGCCGCACUGGUACUACAUCCCCGACCAAGACCCCUCCGCCGACCGUGUCGCCGCGCUCGAGCCGUUCGUCAAGCGCGUCCGAGGCGCAAGGAGCAAGGCGGCGAGGUACUUCUGGGCCAAGCCGAGCCUGCGCAAGCGCUAAGGGUUGUCACAUGGAGGGAGGAGCGGGUCGUCUCUUUGUUAUCCUUGCAACGGCGAGCUCUG